AUGAAAGAGUUGGUUUCUGCUUGGGAAAAUGGACAAGAAGUGGAACUGAUCAGUGAUUCAACUGAAGGAGAGAAACAUGAUGAGGUCUUACAACUACUGCUUAAUCUUGACAAACCUUUGACAGUAACCCAUGCCUUGGAGCCAAAGACUGGUAUCCAACAUUGUUCACACUCAUUGUUUAGUUUGCCAUUUGACAAGAACUGUCCACGAAGAGAAAAAGAGAUCUUAAAAAUUGAAUAUUGUGAAGGAAGCAGAGAUCAUUCAGUAAAGUCAGACAAAACAAACUUUGCAAAGAAUAAAGCAGUAUGUGUGCCUACUGAAAAUAUCAUUGUUCAGGAGCCAAGAAGUGUUACAGUUAGUGAAUCACAACCACUCUCUCAUCCAUCAGAAACUCUCUCAUCCGAAGCAACUACCUCUAACUAUGACAAACGAAAUUUACAAAAUCUCCAAAGUAUUUUAAUGCCUCCUAUUCUUCGAAAACGUGGCCAUCCAAAAGGCCAUGAAUUGACUGUGAUUGGUUUACCGGCUAAGAAGAAAGGAAAGUCAGGAAAAGUACAACCAUUCAUUAAAUUACACAUAUCAUUGAAAGAAAGAGUCAUGUUAGCAUGGUUUGUUGAUGACAAUAUAGCAGCUGCUGCACUACAAAAUCCCAAGACGCUGAUCAAUGAAUCAGACAUCGAAGUUCAGCAAGAAAACAUCUCUAAUGCAGUCCUUGAUGACAAUGUUGACUUGCACAUAAUUCGAAAGUUUUUCACCGAUGAUGCCUGGCUACUACUUACAGAUGUUGUCAAGCAGAAACGUAAACAUUGCAGUUAUGUUUGCCAAGUUUGCUUUCACAACUUGGAUGAGGAAGCAUCAAUUUUGUGUGACCAUUGCCUCUUGUGGUCCCACAUGAGUUGUAUUGGUCUUAAAGAAAGACCCAAAUCAAAGUGGUGGUUUUGCCGAAGCUGUCACAAGACUAGCAAAUAAGAUAAACUGG